AUUUUAAACAGCAAAUCGCAUUUUUGCCGGUAUUGCAAGGAGCAGAUUUAACCCGUGAAAAUGCGUAACAGCGCGAGACGUCAUUUGGACGACUGAAAAAUAAUGAACACACAUAGCGGGCGUGUCACACAUUUUGCAGUCUGGAUGAGCCCUAAGAUUCAGAUACAAGCACAAAAAUGUACUUUAGGAAAAUAAGAGGUCUGGUAGCAAUGGCAGAAAAAUAACAACUCUGGGCCAAACUGUACAUACCACAGGAGAUCUGUGAUCAGUUUUCCCAGGUUAGAAGUGGACAAUAUGUGUACAGGGGUGACAAAUUGGCUUGGGCACCGGCACUGGCAGGGUGUGUGUAUAACCAUUUACCCAUCACUAUUUCAACACCCUCUCCCCCAGCGCUGCUGCUUGGAGAUGGUUCAUGAGCGCCACAACUGCUUUUUUUAAAAAAAGUAUUGAAUUGGAGAUUGAUGAUCUUCUGCGGAGAAUACAUUUUGAAUAUAUUAUCUCACAAGUCGCUCCUUUUGGAAUCCAUCAUUUUAGAACAUUGCCAUUUAUCAUCCAAAAAAGUAUAAACGAGCAGACGUACAAAUGUCUACCACAAGACUAAAGUGUGAUAUGUUAUGUUCUUUACCAUAAGCACCCAUAAAAUGAGCUCCAUUACAGACAGAGAUGAUGGUAGCAUUUUUGAUGGUCUCGUGGAAGAAGAUGACAAGGAUAAAGCAAAGAGAGUGUCAAGAAACAAGUCUGAAAAGAAACGCAGAGAUCAGUUUAAUGUACUCAUCAAAGAACUGGGAUCCAUGCUUCCGGGCAAUGCUCGGAAAAUGGACAAGUCCACUGUACUGCAGAAGAGCAUUGACUUUUUACGGAAGCACAAAGAAGUCACUGCCCAGUCAGAUGCCAGUGAAAUCCGACAGGACUGGAAACCCACAUUCCUUAGUAAUGAAGAAUUUACUCAGUUAAUGUUAGAGGCUCUUGAUGGUUUUUUCUUAGCAAUCAUGACAGAUGGAAGCAUAAUAUAUGUAUCGGAAAGUGUAACUCCCUUACUUGAACAUUUGCCAUCUGACCUUGUGGAUCAGAGUAUAUUUAAUUUUGUCCCAGAGGGGGAGCAUUCAGAGGUUUAUAAAAUACUGUCCACUCAUCUGUUGGAAAGUGAUUCGUUGACCCCAGAAUAUUUAAAAUCAAAAAAUCAACUAGAGUUCUGUUGCCAUAUGCUCCGAGGGACAAUAGACCCCAAAGAGUCACCUACAUAUGAAUAUGUAAAAUUUAUAGGAAACUUCAAGUCCUUGAGUAACUUGCCUAACUCCGCACAUAAUGGUUAUGAAGGAACCAUUCAACGUUCCCAUAGGUCUUCCUAUGAAGACAGAGUUUGCUUUGUAGCUACAGUUAGAUUAGCUACACCUCAGUUCAUCAAGGAAAUGAGCACUGUUGAAGAACCCAAUGAAGAGUUCACCUCUAGACAUAGCUUAGAAUGGAAGUUCCUUUUCUUGGAUCACAGGGCACCGCCAAUAAUAGGUUAUUUACCAUUUGAAGUGUUGGGGACAUCAGGCUAUGAUUAUUACCAUGUGGAUGACCUAGAAAACCUGGCAAAAUGUCAUGAACACUUAAUGCAGUAUGGAAAAGGGAAGUCCUGCUAUUACAGAUUCCUUACAAAGGGACAACAGUGGAUUUGGUUACAGACUCAUUACUAUAUCACUUACCACCAGUGGAAUUCUAGACCAGAGUUCAUCGUGUGUACUCACACAGUCGUAAGUUACGCAGAAGUUCGAGCAGAGAGACGGCGUGAACUUGGUAUCGAAGAGUCUCUGCCAGAGAUAGCAGCAGAUAAAAGUCAGGACUCUGGUUCUGACAAUCAUAUAAGCACAGUAAGCCUUAAAGAAGCUUUGGAGAGAUUUGAUCACAGUCCCACGCCUUCUUCUGCCUCCAGGAGUUCAAGGAAAUCUUCUCAUACUGCAGUAUCAGACCCUUCAUCUACACCAACAAAGAUGACAAUGGAUACUAGCACUCCUCCAAGGCAAAAUUUAUCCACUCACGAGAAGUCUGCACAAAGGAGGGCAUCACUCGGUAGUCAGUCUUGUAGUUCACAGUCUAUUGGACCACCUUUAGCGCAACCAAUGAUGUCCCAGCCUGCAACUUUACAGAUUCAGCAAGGCAUGUCUCAGCCUAUGCUUCAAUUUUCUGCUCAGUUAGGAGCCAUGCAGCACUUAAAGGACCAAUUGGAGCAAAGAACGCGAAUGAUAGAAGCAAACAUUCAUCGCCAACAAGAAGAGUUGCGUAAGAUUCAGGAACAACUCCAAAUGGUCCAUGGACAAGGGCUACAGAUGUUCUUGCAGCAGUCAACUCCUGGAUUAAAUUUUGGUUCCGUGCAGCUGGCUUCUGGAAACCCAUCAAAUAUUCAACAGAUUACACCAAUAAAUAUGCAAGGUCAAGUUGUUCAAACUAAUCAAAUCCAAGGUGGCAUGAACACUGGGCACAUUGGUACUCAACACAUGAUACAACAACAGCCUCUGCAAGGUGCUACAGCACAGCAUAAUCAACAAAAUGUUCUCAGUGGGCAUAGUCAACAGACUUCUCUCACUACUCCAUCUCAGAACACACUGUCAGCCCCAUUGUAUAACACUAUGGUGAUUUCCCAGCCAGCUGCAGGAAAUAUGGUCCAGAUUCCUUCUACUUUACCACAAAGUAAUAACCAGAAUGCUGCCAUUACCACAUUUACCCAGGAUAGACAAAUCAGAUUUCCCCAGGGUCAGCAGCUUGUAACAAAACUAGUCACUGCCCCUGUAGCUUGUGGAGCAGUCAUGGUACCAAGUACAAUGUUUAUGGGACAGGUGGUGACUGCCUAUCCCACUUUUGCUGCACAACAGCAGCAGUCACAAACGUUAUCAAUAACACAACAGCAGGAGCAGCAGCAGCAGCAACAGCAGCAGCUCACUACAGUUCAGCAGCCAACUCAGACUCCGCUGACCCAACAUCCACAACAGUUCUUGCAGACCUCCAGGUUGCUUCAUGGAAAUCAGUCAACCCAGCUUAUUCUCUCUGCUGCUUUCCCACUACAACAAAGCACUUUUACCCCGUCACACCACCAGCAUCAGUCUCAGCAGCAGCAGCAAAUUUCACGACAUAGAACUGACAGCAUGACAGAGGCUUCCAAAGUUCAGCCACAGUAGUGUGGAGGCUCUGCUUCUAGGAGCAAACCAGAGGGAGAGGCUGCUCCAUUAAUAGUUGCACUGGUAUUAGAGAGAGAAGCCUACAAACUUUGCAAAGUGCAGUAUUGAAUAUUCUUCUGAUUGCUUGGAAUGUGUCUGCUGAGGAAAAUAAUGCAAAAUGCUGUUGGAGGUACAAUAGGUAUAAAUCUGCAAAAAGAUGAUUGGGACAGGGAGAUGGCUUCCUUUGCAAGGGAUCUCAUUGCUCCAGUUUCUGUGCUUUGUUUUUCCUUCAAAGGCAUGUACUGCCAUGUGUUAACUUGUCCAGAUCAAGGCUCAAAAUGUUCAGUGGACUAAAUAGGGCACUUAAAUAUCUUGAUGUUUUCAGCAAUUCUCUCAGAUUAAGUGUUACAAUGGACAUGCUGUUGUGACAGCAGUUGGGUUUUUUUAAAUAGUAUGCCCGCAAUUAUGCUAUAAAAGAAAGUUAAUUUUUUCACAUUUUGGGACAGUAAAUAUUUUCAAUAUAUUGUGUGGAAUCAAUCUUCAUUGUACAGAUACUGUAAAAUACUAUGUAUAUGUCUGGAUAAAAGGUGAGAGAGCAGAAUAUUUUAUAUGAUGCAUGAAACUGUUGGUUUGAAUAUGUUGCCCCCUACAUUUUCACACAAUGGUCAGAUUACCAUUUUCAUCUGUUUGUCUUCUACAACAUGCUCCAUCAUUUAUUUUCACCUGUAAUGUGGGCACAAGUCUUCUGUUUGUGCUUUACGUGUGAUUGUCAGAGUUUGUUUAAUGAGGUAAUAUGUGCUGGGUUGUGGAGGUUUUGCAGUUAAAUUAUUGAUGAAAAUCUUUGAACUUGUGGGGGUUCAAGGCAUUAAGUUUCAUAAAUAUCAUUUGUCAUUUCAUAAAUACUCAAAUUUUUUUCUUUGGAAGAAAAUAGGAAUUUGCACUGCUCUGUUAUGGAUGGUUUGGAAUUUUACUCCCCCAAAGCUAUCUUUUGAUAUAAUACAUAGUUGGAAAUAUUUAUGUAAAAAAUAAGGUUUAAAAUAUGAAAGUAAUUUUAAAGAAUGUCUCAAGUAUAGGAAUAAUUUGCACAAAAGUAUAUUUGAAUUUAAUAAUUGUAGGCACUUUUUAACCUCUGUGGUGGGAAAUGUUACUUCUCGGAAUUUGUUGGAAUCUUUUUAUUCUCAUUUGAACAUUUUGACCUUCAUUUAAUCAGAAAUGAUUCAGGGUCAUUUGAAAAAACAAAACACCCAUAGUGCCUUGAUUUUGAUUCAGGUGAUAGCGUUAAAACAUCUUGAAUUACAUUAUAUUGAAUUUGUGACCAUUUUUGAAGUCUUAGUACAUUGUUAAAACAUCCGUCAUGACUAUUUCUCUGUUAUAUUUUUAUAUAUGAGUAUUUUGAGAAUCAUACAAACUGAGAUCUGGUGUUCUGAAAGUUUGGCAUGCCCUUCUCAACGAUUAACUAUGGUUGACUUAUGUUUUGAAGUAUUCCUCUGAUAAGAAAUUAUGUUGUUUUAAACAAUAACAAAACAGAAAUGCAUACCAAUUAAGUAUAAUCACUUUGCAAAACCGCUCAAAUAUAAAUUUACUAAAAUUUAAUGGAAAAAUAGAUGAGAGAUCAUUAGAACUGCAGCUUCUGAAAGGGAUACUAAUGCACUAAGACUUCAGAUGGCAGGUUCACUUAAUAAAGUUAAUAAAAAGAUUCAACUGAAAUUCUGUACAGUUUUAAAAAAUAAACAUUGAGUAGAUUUUAUGGUACUAGUUUUAAAAACCACAUCUUCAGAACAAAGUGUAUUUUAAUACAAAGAUAGAUUCGGUAGUUCAAAGAAAAGGAAUCUGAUUGUGAUGAAGAAGUAUCAGACUCAAGAAAGAUGGGAGUAUUUACAGAGGAGCUUUAUUAAUGUAACCAAAAUAUGGUGAGAUGCUAAGAAUGUAAUGCUGGGUUAGCAAAGCCAAAACUAGGGUAGCAAAUGAUAGCAGAAGGUAUCUUUGAGACUAUUCUUAAAGAGUCAUUUUCAUUGCCAUAGUCUUGCAUGAUCCUCCUGUGACACACCACAACCACUAGUCUAUAGUAGAACCAUAAUGAAAAGAGUCAAAGUUUUAAGAAAUAAAGAACCAAAGAAUUGGACUAGUUUCUGUUCCCUCUUGGCAACAACUAGAAACCAGUAGGUAACUUAUCUAGGAAUCGCCUACCUAUAUUCUUUAAAGAGAUUUUAUGGCAUUCCCUAAGCUUGUCUCAAAAAAGCAUAUAUUGUGGGGAAAUAGCCACAUUAACUUAAUUGCAGAUAGCUUUGUCCUGUCAUACCAUACUGCUUGUAAUUCCAAAUUAAGCUGUAUCAAUCAAAGGUCUGUGCUUUAAUGAUUUUAUUUUUUAGUGAAAAGUCAUCAUCUUGGGCUCUAAGCUAUUUACAACAAAAACAAUAAUAAUAGCACUAAAUGAAAAACUUGGGAGAGCUUGCACUGUGCUCAUAGAACAGGACAGUAGGCUUUUGUAUCUAGUUACUGGGAAUGCAGAGCAUAAAUCACUGGACAGUUGACUUCUUAUUUGAUAUAAACCUAACUUUUUAAAGAAAAAAUGCAGCUCAUUGUAGAUAGUGGGUUUUUGUAAUGAGACUUGUGGGAGGUUGCUGUGAAAGGUAGAUAAUGGAGAAGCAGUGAGAAUCUGGAAAAGAAUUGCUCAAGUUUUGAAAAACAUUUCCACCACACCCCAAGCAAUCUUAAUUGAAAGAGGCCAGAAACAAAAACCUUGAGGGAAUACUUUAUUUUGGCAUUGAUGCUUUUUCUCUGGUGUUGCUGAUGACUAAAAAAUGGUAGGCUUAAGAGAACCUACUGCUUCUGUUCAAUAUUAUUUCCCCCAAAGUGGUAAAUGGCUCCUGAUAACUCUGCUGCUUCUUCAAGGCUGCAGUUUUGUCCCAGUAGUAGCUGUAGGAUGGAAUGCCCUGUCAUCUGGAGUUUACUGUGGCCAAAUCUCUCUGCUUGGGGAGAAAGGGUGGGCGCAUGGGCAUGGUGAUUUGUGAGUGAAUGUUGUGGUCAUGUACUAGUAUAAUGCGACAACAGCAUAGCUAGCACAAAGUAGGACAGCAUGCUGCUGGAGAAGUAAGGUUUAGGGUUGCAUAAAUUAGGGGAGGGGGGAGAGAAGAAGACUAAAAAAUGAGCCUCUGGGAAUGGUAGAGGAAAUUGUAUAAAUAUUUUUAUAUUAUAUUUAAUAUAUAUGCUAUAUUUGUACACAUAUUAAAAGAUUAUAGUCAGAGCUCUCCAUAUGCCUUCCAUUAUUUUUAUCUAGAAGUUUACUUGCUGGUGCUGUGGCGCCAGUGUGUCACGCCCUUCUGUAGGCUGCCUGCCUGCUGCCAACCAACGACAAAAAUGACCUAACAUCCAAAUUAACAAGUACAAAUCUGCUGGUCCUAAUUCAGCGAGAUGCUUAAGGCUGUAUGAUCUGUAACCCACUGGGAUUACCAAUAGGUAGGGUAACCACAGUUUUGAGCAGGGUUAAGAAACUGUUUUGAGAACACAGUGGAAAGAGAAAUUUUGUCACUGGCCUUUGUACUGUUCUGGCCAAGACAGCAGCCCCCCGGAAUAUAUGUUGUUGGACACUGAAAGAUUGGCAAAUUGAAACUGUUUCUGUCUCUGAAGUGCCAUGUUCUUAUCCCUCCCAAGGCGGUCACCCUUGAGUAUCAUAUUGAAUUAGAGUAGAAGAAAAGACGUGUGCAGAUGUAAGCACUUUAUUGAGGCGGGGAGGGACUCAUUCGGAAUACAGUUUAUUUUUAGGCAAUGAAACUGUUCACAACAGGGGUCCAAAGGAAUCAGAAUGUAGACUUAUUGUCAAAAAGAGGCAUUGCUGGAAAAUGUUUCUCAGUAUGGUGAUCCUUUGAGACUCUGAAUAUGAGCUUAUGCAGGCAUCUGGUACAGGUUGGCUUUUUGGGAAAUGGUUAAAUCUAUACACCUAAGCUUUUUAAAGAGCUGUUUUUUUAAAAAAAAUGUUGCACAUUUGUCAGAGAUAACAGCAGGAGGCUUGUUAUAACCUUUAAAAUGAUUCUAAGUGGUCCUUGGGAUUAAAAUGUGUAGAGGGUUUACAGAUGUGGCCUUUAGUAGACUGCUUCAGUCAUAACUAUAUAAUAGUUUGUAUUUUUAGAGAACACCAGUUUUGUGUGUGUGUGGUUUUUUUAUGUUAUGGUGUUAUGUGAUGUCUGCAUGUGUGUCAAACUCAUAAAACUGUCUCCACUGGAAAUUUAUUGCUGAAACAUAUGUGGUGGGGAGAGUGGCCUGGAGCGAGCAGAUUUGAUUUAAAAGGGAGGAAAGGGUGUUUUUUCUUUCUCCCUCUCACCAGUGAAAAGAGUUGGAGACAUUUUGAAUGAACCGAGGUGUAUAGAGUUGUUUGAAGUCGAAUGUUGAACAGCUCACAAAUAAAUGAGACAAGUGUUGAAAUAGAUUUAAUUUUUUUUAAAUUUGGUUGUUUAUGAAACUGAGUAGUUUAUUUGUCAAUAUAUAUUUUUUUAACACUACAUUCCUCUGUCUUUUAAUAAACAAGUACUUUACAGUCCGUGUUGCUAUGCUUCAUGCUUUUUCAUCUGCAUGGGUGUUGCCAGCAGCAUGAUAGGCUGUAUUGCUCAAAGAUAUUGUCUCUACAAGUAACACAAAUAAGCAAAAACGAAGCACUGUGUAUGAACAAAAUACUGUGUUGCCUGAUAUACAGAUCCCAGCUCUGACUGAGAGGUGCUGCACUAGUUGACAAUCAAAAUAUAUGGAAGACUUGGGGGGGGUUCUUAAAGAUACAGCUGCUUUGAAAGUGUUUUUUUUAUUCUUAAAAGGAGUAUUUAUUUUUAAAAUUGUCUAAUUGGAUACUUUUCAGUGUUGAUUUCACAUUGUCUUGGUUGUGCAUUUUUAAAAUUUGGCAUUAGAUUUGUAUAUGUAGAACUUGUGCAAUUUUCAUGAUCUAACUUCAGGAAAUGUAGAUAUGGUUCCCUAGUGUUCAUGUGACCAUUA